AUGAAACCUAUCUAUCAUCCACCACGGCCAUCGCAGGAAGUCUCGAAUUACGGUCACUGUGUAUCCGACAGCGAAUUAUCCGCCACGCCAUCUGUCACAAAAUCAUCCACCCUGCGCACCUUCCUUACAAUCUUCACCCCCUCCUUCGUCGGCUUCAUAGCCAGCUUUACCAACGGCAUCAUCACAGUCGGUCUCCCCUCAAUCGCACGUUCCAUCGCCCUCGAACGCUCUCUCUACCUAUGGCCCUCUUCCGUCUAUGGUCUUACAUCCGGCGCCGCACUACUCAUCGCUGGUUCUGUAGCCGAUAUCGUCGGUGCUAGAUCCGUGGAGCUCACUGGCAUCACCUUCCUUGGUGUCUUCACGCUAGCAUGCGGGUUCGCGCAGACCGGCGGGCAGCUUGUUGCGUUCCGGGCUCUCCAAGGUGUGGCACUUGCAUUGCAUUUGCCUGCUUCUGUUGCCAUCAUUACUGGUGCUGUGCCGUCUGGGAGAGCGAGGAAUCUUGGGUUUGCGUGUUUGGGGUUCAGUCAGCCACUCGGGUUUGCUGUUGGACUAGUGCUGAGUGGUGUUAUGAUCGAAAGAGCGGGAUGGCGGUUGGGGUUCUACGUGACUGGAGGGUGUACGUUGGCAGUGGCCGUGGCUGCGAUCUGGACGCUUCCCAAACUCCCUUCUCAGAAUCAGGAUGGUGUGGUUGCGCUUUGGAAGAAGGUUGUUAGGGAGAUUGAUUGGGUUGGUGGUAUGAUAUCUAGUGGUGGACUGGCUAUUCUUGCCUAUGUCCUUGCUAUCAUCAGCGCCGACCUGACAAGCAUUCGCUCAGCCGAGACGGCCUCGCUUCUCACUAUCAGCAUCCUCCUUCUCUGCGCCUUCCCAGCCUGGAUGCACUACCGUGGGCGACGUGGAAAAACAGCCCUAGUACCGAACAAGCUGUGGAACAGUCUCCCCUUUGCCAGCACAUGCAUCAUGGUCGCACUUUCUUACGGCGUCAUGAACUCCAUUGAGCUCUUCUCCACAACAUCCCUCUACCUCCUCCCCAACCUCCUAGCCGGCGUCCUAAUCCAAAUAUCCGUCGGUCUGUUCGUCCACCGCAUUCCUGCCCGCUGGCUCGUCGCCGGCUCCGCCUUGAUCUGCGCCAUCUCGCCUCUCCUAAUGGCCGUCAUGCCACCAACGUGGAGCUACUGGAAACUCGCUUUCUGGGCGCAGAUGUUCGCCCCGUUCAGCGCCGAUGUCUUGUUCACCGUUGGUCUCAUAAUCGUGAGUGACAACUUCCCGGAGAAGACGCAGGCGCUGGCUGGUGCUGUGUUCAAUACCGUGGCGCAGUUUGGUAUGAGUUUGGGUAUGGGUAGUUGCCAGGUUGUUGCGCUGGGGGUGCAGGUUAAGAGCGGGAGUACGGGUACUGGUGGCCAUGGUGAUGGGGGUGGUGGGGACGCGUUUGAGAGCCAGGAUGAUGUGGCUGUGUUGAAGGGGUAUAGGGCGAGCUAUUGGCUUAUGUUCGGGUACAUGGUCGUUUGUAUGAUGAUCGCUGUCGUGGGAUUGAGGAAGGCGGGUAAGGUCGGACUGAAGAGGGAGUAA